AUGAUGGAAAGAGAUACAGGCCGACCAUGUGGAUUUGGGUUCAUUACUUAUUCUGAUCGUCGGGGAAUGGAAGAUGCUAUCCGGGAGAUGCAUGGACAGGAGUUUGGUGAUCGGGUAAUCUCAGUGAACAAGGCCGAACCCAAAAUGGGAGAAGAUUUAGACCAUGGUUAUAGGGGAGAAGGCUACUCAUCUGGUGGCAGAGGAGGCUAUGGAGGAGGAGACAGGUCUGCUGGGCAAGAUGACAGUUACAAGUGUGGGCGCCCAGGGCAUUGGGCAAGGGACUGCCCUUUAGCAGGUGGUGAUCGAGGUCGGGGUGGUGGUUCAUUUUCUUCACGGUCUAGAUUCGGAGGGUCUGGUGGCCGUGGGGAUCGCUAUUUGGAUGAUCGAUAUGAUGGAGGUAGGGACCGGUUUGACAGCAGAGACAACAAAUAUGGGAGCCGUGAUCAUCGCUCUGUUGGUGACAGGUACCCUCCUGGUGGAGAUCGUUUUGCAAGUGAUAGGUAUGGUGGCUCAGAUCGUUACGCUCAAAAUGGUAGCUCACGCGGGGCCAAUGAAGGUAUGGAAGUGGAGGAGGAUCAGCAAGGACGAGGGAAGAAGUUACAGGAACAGACCAGGACCUUAUGAACGCCCCGAUA